AUUAAACAAAAAUAAAAAUCAAUUAUCAUUUUUCUCUUGUAUUAUUAUUGUUUAUAAAUAAUAAAAAAAAAUAAAUAAUGCAAUCAUUUUUAAAAACAGGUAAAAUUGGUAAUAAUGAUGGUAAAAAACCAUCAACAUCAAAAGAUAAACCAAAAAAACCAGCACCAUCACCACCAUGGGUAGAAAAAUAUCGUCCAAGAACUGUUGAGGAUGUUGUUGAACAGGGUGAAGUUGUUGAAGUAUUACGUCAAUCAAUGAGUGGUGGUGAUUUUCCAAAUUUAUUAUUUUAUGGACCACCUGGUACUGGUAAAACUAGUACAAUAUUAGCAGCUGCUAGACAAUUAUUUGGAAGUAUGUAUAAAGAUAGAAUACUUGAAUUAAAUGCAUCAGAUGAAAGAGGUAUACAAGUUAUCAGAGAAAAAGUUAAAUCAUUUGCUCAAUUAACUGCUGGUGAUAAAAGACCUGAUGGUAAACCAUGCCCACCAUUUAAAAUAAUAAUUCUUGAUGAAGCUGAUAGUAUGACUGGUAAAGCACAAUCAGCACUACGUCGUACAAUGGAAAAAGCAUCACACAGUACAAGAUUUUGUCUUAUUUGUAAUUAUGUAUCAAGAAUAAUUGAACCAUUAACAUCACGUUGUACGAAAUUUCGUUUUAAACCACUUGGUCAAGAAAAAAUAAUUGAACGUUUAGAAUCAAUAUGUAAUGCUGAAGAUGUUAAAGCUGAUAAAUAUGUUUUAACAAAACUUGUUGAUGCAUCAGGUGGUGAUCUACGUAGAGCAAUAACAUCAUUACAAUCUGUAACUAGAUUAAAAGGUGUUGGUAUUGAAAUAACCUUGGAUGAUGUACUUGAAGUUACUGGGGUUAUUCCAGAUCGUUGGAUAAAUAAACUAUUAGAAGUUUGUGAAGGAAAAGAUUACAAUAAUGUUACUAAUUUUAUUGAUGAUUUUUUAUUGGAAGGAUAUGGAACUGGUCAAGUUAUUGAACAAUUGAGUGAAAGAAUUAUAUUUUCUGAUGAUUUAACUGAUAAACAAAAAGCAAUUAUUGGUGAAAAACUUGGUGUAUGUUCAUUUAGACUCUUAGAAGGAGGCAGUGAAUACAUUCAACUUCUUGAUUUAUGCAUAACAAUAAUGCAAGUUAAUCAGCAAAAUUAAUUUUUUUC